UACCCACACACUAUCCUCUCCCUCAGUGCUCACGUCUCCACCGGUCCACCCCCUCGGCAGCUCAAUGGCAGCUGCGACGGCGCCACCGCCGGCGGCGGUUGCCACCACCCUCUCGGGCCUCAUGCGCUGCCAGAACAUCCGUAGCAGCAGGCCUAGAGCCUUCUACGCGAGGUGCGCCUCCUCCAACGCGAGCGCGGAGGCGGCGGAGAGCCGGAAGGGAGGCCACGGCGGGACGCGCCUGGAGGAAGCCGUGCCCGUCGGCGAGGGGCGCUCGAGGGUAGACGCCUGGAUAUCGGCGCGUCUCGGCGGCGGGGGCGUUAGCCGCGCGCGCGUGCAGGCCAGCAUCCGGGCCGGGCUUGUCGCCGUCAAUGGCCGCCCGGUCUCCAAGGUUUCGCAUACUGUGAAGGGAGGGGACUUGGUCAGCUGCACGGUGUCAGAGCUACAGCCGCUGAGGGCAGAGGCGGAGGACAUCCCGCUGGACAUCGUUUAUGAGGAUGACCAUGUUCUUGUUGUCAACAAGCCGGCUCAUAUGGUUGUUCACCCGGCGCCAGGAAAUGCCAAAGGCACAUUAGUCAAUGCUAUACUUCAUCACUGCAAGAUCUCCACAUUUACCUGUUUAGCACGCAGCUCAGCUGGUGAUGAAUGCCCGGAUUCUACGGAUGAAGACACUGAUGUAUUUCAUGUGGAUCAGUUUGCUGCUGAAGAUGUAAGUUCAGAAGUCCGGAAUGCUCUUGUGCGCCCUGGUAUUGUGCACAGGCUGGAUAAGGGGACAAGUGGGCUUCUUGUUGUUGCUAAGGAUGAGCAUUCUCAUGCUCGAUUAGCAGAACAGUUCAAGCUGCAUACAAUCCGUAGGGUAUACAUCAGUCUUACUUGUGGCGCACCUAAUCCAAAUUCUGGCAGGAUUGAGGCUUCUAUUGCACGUGAUCCUAACAAUCGGAUUCGUAUGACUGCUAUUGCUGGAUCAGGCCACAGAUAUGCACGGAAUGCUGCUAGUAGGUACAAAGUAAGAGAGGUCUUUGCUGGUGGCGGAUCCGCACUAGUUGAGUGGAGACUAGAGACAGGACGCACUCAUCAGAUCCGGGCGCAUGCAAAGUACAUAGGGAUCCCUCUUCUCGGCGACGAAACAUAUGGAGGUACCCAGAGCAUGGCGUUAUCGCUCCUGAGACCAAGGAGUCCUUCGAAAUAUCACAGCGGCCUUUCGAAUCUGUUGUCUAAAGUGGACAGGCCUUGCCUUCAUGCUGCAUCGCUUGGGUAGGUAUCAUACAACACAGAUUCAAGCACCCACGUUCAGGAAAGGUCCUUGAGUUCUCGUGCCCCCCGCCAGAUGAUUUCUUGGAGGUGCUUGGUGAAUUGCGACGUGUUACGUCUAGGUCCAGUGAUGCCCCAAAUGGUGAUGGUGUUUUCCGGUGAGGGAGAUGGAUAGAACCAAGGCUGAGGAUGUGGAACAAGACAUGGGAACCCUUGGAGAUUUGUUCCAGGCUCCUAGAAAGAGAAAAGUGUUUCGUACGAGUUUUCCUGAUGGCUGGUGGAAGUGAGAGGGAAAUGAGUAGGAGAAUCUGUAUGCUUUCGGCUGGGCUCAUCAGUACACACGCAUUUGUUUUGGGCUCCGAUUCAUGGGCUUCCAGCAGGAAGAACUUCACGGGAUUCGAUUGAUCGA